AUGGCGUCUCUCCUGCUGUUAAGUGAACGCACAAACAAACUCCGCACCCUGUUAGGCACAAAUAACGGCGUGGAUCAGGCUCUUGGGCUCUGGACAACCUGGUUUCCCCUCUCCAAUGAUACGACCCUGCGAACGCUUGAUCCCCAAACUACUGAGGCUUUCGCUCUGCUUCGCGCCCGGGUAGAGAUUGUUUAUGUCUCACAUCUAAACAGACCACCACUCCGAACUGCGGACUCCUCCGAUGUGUCAGCUGCCCUGAAGGCCUAUAACGAAUACCGGAUGAAGCACGACCGGUUAGUUACGAGCACUCGGGACCUCCUCGAUGCCCUGGCCACCUCUAACUGGGGAAAAAAACUGGCAGACUUUUGGCGACUGUUUAUGGAGUUUGAACGCAAGUGGGGCGACUGUACUCGACUACCCGCCCUCGAGUGGAGGGCUCAGAAAACUCUGGAGUCCGCCGCUUUGGCUGUCUUCCGUACAACUCUGGCCAGCAAGACCAAUACAGACUUUUUCUAG